AUGGCCGACACAUUGGAGGAGAACUAUCUCCUCGACGAAAACGAUGCAGCCUCUGUGAUUGCUUCCGACGAUGGGGCCGUCAGCAUUCACGACGAGCCCGAGCACUCGAACGAUACAUCCGAAGAUCAACCCUCCAAACCAAUACAGACUGAACAGGAGAUCAAGGACGAAGCAGCACGCAAGGAGGAUAAGAAGCGCAAACGCAAGGAGAAGGAAAAGGCUCGCAAGCAAAAGAGAGCCGCCCUAUCCGCCGAAUUCGCGCAAGGAGUAGGCUCUGUUGCGACGCAGCCGCCCGACAUGCAGGCCGACUACCUUACGACCAAACAGAGCGCCUCCUUCGCCAAGCUGAGUGACCUCGAACUCGAAGAAUUGCGGCUUCGAGAGUCCAUGCUGCUCGACACCACCGCCUUUAACCAGCCUCGGACGCUUGCGACGCUUGCCGACUUUGUGCGUUCAUGCAUGCCUUCGAUAGCCCGCAGCGUCAACGACGCUAAACACCCCAGCGUCAGCCAGCCAGGGCGUCCUGCGUUGAUCAUGCUGACGGGAAAUGCACAGCGCGCUGCCGACCUCGCACGUAGCCUGCGUGCAGUGGGACCCCAGCUUCCCGGAUCCGCAGAAGCUUCCAACAACGACGAAGAGGGCCGCUCUGCGGGAUCUGCAAAGCGACGCAAGCUGGGCAACGGUGCGUCAAAAGCGGAGGGCAAAGACGACAAGACAGCAACAGCGAGCAAGAAAGAAAGCAGCAACAAGGCUUUGCUGGGUGGGUUUUCGGUUGCAAAGCUCUUUGCACGUCACUUCAAGCUCAAGGAGCACGAGGCGUGGCUGCGCGAACACACGACGCCGCUUGCAGCCGGCACGCCGCAGCGAGUCGCAGCGCUCAUUGCAUCAGGGAGCUUGCGGCUCGACUCGCUGCAGGCCGUCGUGAUUGACCAGACGUGGGUCGAUGCCAAGCAGCGCAGCGUGUUUGACAGCUUCGAGACGCGCGACGAGCUCAUGAAGCUGCUGGCCCUCGAUGCGGUGCUGAGCGCUCUCAAGAGGUCCACUGCUCCGACCAAAUUGGUUCUCUUCUGA